AUGGCCGAUGCUGGCGCACAAAAAGCUUACAGAAUUAAUGUGGUAUCGUCUUGCGAUCAUCAGGCCUUAAAAGAAUGCUUAGACAGAAACAACGGUGACAGAUCUAAAUGCAUAAAAGAAUGGGAAGACUUUCAACGCUCCUGUGCUGAAAAUAAGAGGUGCUUUAUAGUGAAUGUUAUUUCAUGUUCCUAGCCUUGUUGUAUAUGAAAUGGGGUCAUCCUCGGUGUAAAAACCUGUGAAGUUUUUCUUUGUUUUCUAACUCUUAUUUACCUUGUCUCUAUUGUGUUGACUUCUCAGCGGCUUCUUUGUAUUAA